AGCGCCGACGCUCCAUUUUCCUCGGUCCCUCAGCGCAGAUCUUCUGUUCCUUCGUCCUUCCCCACUCGCGCUCGCGCUCAGCCUCGGUCACAGGGAUCGUAUCUUCCGCGCGUCGGCGGCUCCCCCUCGGCGGCGUCCAGCGACGGAGGGGCAGUCCCAGGCUCGGCGGCGGCGUCGGCGGCUCCCCCUCCCGCCUCUCGCCAGUCGCCUCGCGCCCUCGCCUCCGUCCUCCGCGCACCGGCCGGCGACCCUGCGUACGCACCUCCCUCUCCCCUCCCGCCUCUGCUGUACCGUGGGAGCCCGGCCAGCUGCCCAGGGUGGCCGGGCCUUGGCUCCGCCGGUGAAAUCCGGUGCACUGGUGCUGGCUUUCCCUCCCCAUCCAAGCUUGGGGGUCCGUCGCUGCUUCCCUGCAUCGCAGCCUGUUGCUGCCGCCGUCCGUGAGAGGUAUGGUUGGGAACAGUGUGAUGUGGCAACACCUGGAAGUGGAGGAUCUCCUUCUUUACCACAAGGAGAAAAUCCUUCUUUACUAUAAGGAGAAAAUCCAUGAGUCAGGGAGGGCCUUUGUUCUAAGGGAGGUCCAUCAUGAAGAGUGUGCUCGAAGGCUUAAUGAGAAGUAUGGUACUAACUUCACAUGGAAACAAACCUACAACAAGUACCACAAGCUUAAAGGAGAAUGGAAGCUGAUCAUGGAGGCAAAAUCUGCUAAGGGUGCUAGUUUUGAUGAUGUUCAGAAGAAGAUAAUCUAUGACGAGAUAGAGGUUGUCAAGAUGAAAACUAAAGGCGAUAAGAGGGCUAAGUACUACAAUGUUCCAAUUCCCUUGUAUGAUGAGAUGGAGUUUGUCUUCACUGGGAAGCAUGCUACUGGAGAGUUCAGUGUUAUUGAAGCACCAUUUGUUCGUUCAGCAAGGCAAGAGGAUGAUCUCGUUGGGGAUGUCGACCCAACUCAAGAACUAGCAGAUCUGAAUGGUGAUCCUUCUCAACACGAUUCCGACACCCAUCAAGAGUCUGAUAGUCCAAACCCAGUAGGUUCUAAGCGCAAACACGAAGAAAAGGAGAAGAAAGGGAAAUGGGCUAAGCAAGGUGUCCCCAUUUUUAUGGAGGCCUUGUCGGGAGCAGUGAGCUUUACCCAUGGCACUGAUCCACACGAGGGUAUUUUCAAAGCCAUUGAAGACAUGGAUGAAUAUCCUUUGCCAAUUCGCCUUGAUUUGCUAACCUAUCUUGCUCAAAAUCGCCACAUUGCUAGCAUGUUGAAGGGACGGAAGGAGGAAACUUUCAAGCAUUGGGUGGCACGAUGGGUCGCUGGUCACUAUUCUUUGUGAUUCAUAUUUGAAGCCGAAGUCAUCUUAUGAUUCGUUUGUACUCACAGUAGGGUCUAACUUUAUAUGGCAAGCUGCAUAUUUUGACCGUAUUAGUCCCAGUAGUAGUUACUUCCAUGUGUAUAUCUCUAGAUUUAGGGCGUAUAUGAUCCAAUAAAGUGUAUGUAGACGAAGUAUAUGAUCAUACUAAACCGUCUAAGGUAGUAUGUAGGUUAAGUAUGUAUACAUAUAUAGAGUAUGUGGUUAUACUUAUUA